AUGGCGGAUAUGAUUCAGUCACUUGGUGUACUGAUCGGUGGAGGAAUCAUUUGGGUGAAACCAAAAUGGGUUUUGGUUGAUUUGAUAUGCACACUUGUUUUCUCUGCCUUUCCUCUUGCUGCGACUCUCCCAAUGCUCAAGAACAUAUUUUGGAUACUGAUGGAGCGUGCACCACGAGAGAUGGACAUAGAGAAGGUCGAGAGAAGGCUUAAGCGUAUCAAAGGAGUUAAGAUUGUUCAUGGUCUUCAUGUAUGGGAGAUAACAGUUGAGGGAGAAUUGUAUUGUCUUGCCAUGUCUUGUCCGAACCCGGUGCUAGUUCUGAAGAGAUCGUUUCUGAUGUUAGAAAUUUCUGUAGGAAAACCUGUGGGAUUUAUCAUGUAA